AUGGCCGACGCGGAGAUCUCAGCCUUGCGCUUGAAGUCGUUGACGAUCGACUGGAAUUUUCAGGAGGCCGGCGUCUCCACGACGAGCGAGACGACGAGACAGCAGAUGGCGGUGUUGCAGUUCACGGCCGAGUGGGACGUGAAUCCAGCUGACCACGCGGUCGGCAGGAUCGGCAGCACGGCGAAGAUCUGGACCUCGGGAUCCUCGGACCCCACGGACGCUGCGAUCUCAACGGAGCGAGCUCACUUCCGAACUGGACGACUAACGAGCAAGCCGGCUGGAUCUACAACGCGUGCUCGGAGCGAGCACAACGAACGAACGAACGGCAAGCGGGGCGUGGGGAGGAGCGAGUGGACGUACACCCGAGUGGCUAGAGACGGCGUGACGAACGGAGCCCAAGUCGUGCACGGCAGGACGAAGGCCAUGGAGGUCGUCGUCCAGCACGGCUUCCUCCAGCGAUUCGGGCUUCGGCCUCUGCUUGACCAGGAGUCGGGUCGUGCGAUCCAGACUACGUGCGUGGACAAGGCGACCGAGAUUAACGACCCGAUCGACAACGUGGCCCAGGGCAUGGAGAACAUUGGCCAAGCCUUCGUGACGGCCCCUGACACCUACGUCGUGCCCGCGAACGGUACCACUGGGCACAUGGCGCUGAUACCAGGUGUCGGCAGCACCGACGUGGCGGAAGAGAAGAAGCGAAACGACGAGGACGAAGAGACGAAGGCGAGCGACCCAGUCGACGAGAACAACGCAAGCGACGAACCCGACGAGGGCGGUGCCGACGACGCCCCAAGCGAGACGCAAGAAGCACCAGCCAGCACCAACGACGACGGCGCUGCGAUGGCUCCGCUGACGGCUCUGACGGCCGCGUUGCGGCAGAUGGUGACGACGAUGGCCAGGAUGGACGCUCGGCUGGACCAGCUGAGCACGACGGCGACGAACCCGGCGCAGUCCCAGGCGCCCACGGACUCCGGCACGCAGGUGGCGACGACGCAGCAGCCGCCAGCGCCUGUGACGAACCCGCCAGCUUCAACGAGUACGGCACAGGCACCAGCAGCCCCGCAGCAAGAUCAGCCAGCUGCCACGCACCGGCAGUUCGGCGGUGACAGCAGCGACGAUGAUGACUCGUCGAGUUCCAGUAGCGACGAUGACUCCGACGGCAACGACCGUGGUGGGCGACGCGGACGACGACAACCCGCGACGCGCCCAGGCGACGAUGACUUCCAUCACAACAGACGCAGAACCAUACGCGACUUGGACCUGCCGACGUUCCUGCCGACGCCGCAGGAGUGA